AUGUCGCCCAGCGACGCUACUACGGCCCAGCUGAACCCGAAGCUGGACAACAACAAAGUCAUUGACCUGCAGCAACAACUGGACGAGGUGAAGCAUCAGCUCAAACUAGCCCAACAGAAGAAAACGUCUCUGGCCGAGACUCGUGUUCAGCAAGAUACCCGGAUUCGACUCUUAGAAGAAGACAUCCGACGGCGGUCGGCUAGAGUUGCGUCAUUGGAGGUUGAUAAGGAGGAGCUCUUAGCCCGGAUCAGGGCGCUCGAGGAUGAGCCACGAUGGCUGGCCAACGUAACUGCCGAAUUGCAGGCAGUGCAGUCCAAGGUGUCGGCGUUCUUCGCACGCAUGACCGACGUGGAGAUCCCUCCGCCGCGCUCCUGGUUCACUGCGUGGGCUGCGACGCUCGGGGACAUGCGGAGCCCCAAGAUAAAAGGUCUCGAGCUGCUAUGUCUGCACCUGUACGCGACACUGGGCGUCGGCUGGUGGGGUAACGAAGCUCUAGCUCUCCUAGACAUGCUCUGCAACGAGCUCAAGACGGCCACGCUCGUCCCCGUCGAGGGCCUCGUCAUGGUCUUGGGCAUAGGACUUCAGGUCGCACCGUCCCAUAGAGAGGAUAUCCUUCUGGUAUCUCUAUGGCAGCUGGCCAAGAUGCUCGAAGAGGUAUUCCCAGACAAAUCCCGGUUUGGCCAACUACGAAAGGCCAUAGACAGUGAGCUUCUAAGUAGCUCUCCCUGGUGCUCGAGGAUUACACAAGCCAUCACCGAUGGUACGAUACAAGGGCUCUGCUCUAGUCAGGAUGCCCAGUUCUACCAGACAUAUGGCCUCGGCGUCCUCAUUAGCCCGCGUAAGGAACUUUAUUUGGCGCUUGAUAUCUGGGGCCAGAGAAUGUGGAUGUUCAGUGAUCUUGAGGUGGAGUUCACGCUCUCCUUCUCGGGAGGCUCUAGUCUUACUAUCCCUGACUUCUCGAGGAAUCCAAUCAGGUGUGAGACGCGUUCGAUCCCCGCAUUCUGGUUCUAUGGUACCGCAGGCACGGGGUAG